GAAUGUUCUGCGCAUGCUCUGUGCGAAAGCGUGUUUUGGUGUCAAGCGGCGCUCAAUGCUAAGCUAGCCGGGCCAGCUACACAUUCUGCAAGUCAUGGUGGGCCAUUCAACGGGGAAAGGCUGGAGAACCCUACAUCCGGAGGACACCGCUGGGCAGCUUUUCACCAGCCAGGACGAGACGACCGAUCCCGGGUGGUAGUGGGCUUUUCGAGACACACGGUUCCCGAAAAUCAUGCGGAGGGUAAACAGAGACGCCCCGGCUAACGUGGCAACACGUUAUAACGCCCGCGUGACGAGGUGGCUAUAACGUGUGUAACAGCGGGGCGAGGUGACGUGGGAAGGACGGAGGGAGGGUCCCUGUCUACCCGAUGCUGCUAGCCAGGCUCCCCCCCAUUCACCUUCAGCGAGCACCCACGAGUAGUGGUCCUGUGAAGGGUGGGGUGACACCGACAACAGCUGGUGUUCUCCAUCUCUGGAAUGGGAGGAUGAGAGCCCGAUGAAGAGAGACGCUUUGGGCUCACACUGGACUCUCAGAGAGAGGAACCCCAUCGUGGAUCUUAUGUGCCUUUUUAAACACCGUUGAAGACGCGUCCCCCCCACCCCCUCCCCCCUCCCCUCCUUCUUUAACCACUCUUUUUUCUUUUCUUUUUCACGCUCAUGCAUCCGCCUCUGUCUUCCAGACGCAUUGAUCCGAGCUAGUUGGCCCUACGCCCCCCGUUUUAUUUUUUUUACAUUUUUUUUACUUUCACCUUUUUUUGUUCCUUUUGUAAAGAAAUGCUUUACCUGAAAAAAUACUUCACAGAGGGUCUGAUUCAGUUCACCAUCCUUCUGAGUCUCCUUGGGGUGCGGGUGGAUGUUGACACCUACCUAAGCAAUCAGCUGCCCCCACUGAGAGAGAUCAUCCUGGGCCCCAGCUCAGCCUACACCCAGACACAGUUUCACAACCUGCGCAACAACCUGGACGGCUAUGGCAUCCAUCCAAAGAGUGUGGACCUGGACCAGUUCUUUACAACUAGGCGACUGCUGAACCGGGUGCGCCAACUGGAUCGCCUCUCUGUGCCCAGUACGGAGCUCAACACCUGGCUGGUGCACCGCGACUCCGAGACCGCGGUGUCCACCGGUAGCCAGUCCAGCCCCAGCAUCACACUGGACAAUGGGGGCGGCCUAGAGGACGUGAACGGCCCCGACGCCGCCCCGGCCAUGAGGGGAGGAGGCGGAGCGCCUGAAUCCACGUACAACCUGAACGCGCCGGACACCGGCCCAGGAGCCGUGGCCCCAGAGGGGAACCAGGAGCAGGGCGGCAGGGACGGCAAUGACGACCUCACCAAAGAGGACAUCGACUUGAUAGACAUCCUCUGGAGACAGGACAUCGACCUCGGUGCCGGGAGAGAAGUGUUCAACUACAGCAACCGCCAGAAGGAGAGCGAGGAGGAGGAGAAGCCCCGCCCACCCGAGAACAAAGACGGGAAAGAGGAGCAGGAGAGCUGGAGGAAUGGAGUGAACCUGCAAGGUGCUCAGCCCGUGGACGGGGAGACCGGGGAGAGCAUUCCAGAGCAGCUCCCGAGUCUCGGCUCACAGACUUCCUUGUCUCUACAAGAAUGCUUGAGGCUUCUGGAGGCCACGUUCCCUUUUGGAGAAGAAUCUGAGUUUCCAGCCCCGGUUGUCGCCCCAGAAACCGCGUCCAAUGAAGAAGUUCCAUCUACGUCUCAGGGCCUCGCUCUGGCCCCACAGCUGCCCCCGGAGGAGCCUCCGUUAGACCUGGAGCAGCAGUGGCAGGACAUCAUGGCCAUCAUGGAGCUACAGGCAAUGGAAGUGAACAGCAGUUCGCCGCACAGCAACUCGAGCAGCGACAGCGGCACGAGCGGCUCGACCGAGUCGAACGCCGCGGGAAGCUUUGGACGCUCCUCCGGCUCGACGCCCGUGAACCAGGACGUCAGCCUUCACCAGGCCUCCCUCCCCGGCUGCAGCCAGGACUUCCCCCAGGUGUUCAAUCCCCAGGUGGACUCUACGAGCGCCCCCCCGAGAACCACCACGCUCAGACCUUCCUCCGGCAACUCCAGCAACGUCAACGCCACGUUCGGCGCCACCAACCUGACGGGGAUCUUCCUCCCGCCGCACGUCAACAGCUCCAGCACCAACGUCACGUCCACGCCCAUCCUGCCCGAUCCGUUCAGCAACCUGCUGGAGGAGUCCAUGCUCGACGAGAUCAGCCUGCUGGACCUCGCCAUGGAGGAGGGCUUCAGCCAGGCGCAGGCGUCGCAGCUGGAGGACGAGCUCGACUCCGACUCCGGUCUCUCCCUGGACUCCAGCCGCAGCCCGGCGUCCCCGAGCAGCUCCGAGACGUCCUGCUCCUCGGCGGCGUCCUCGUCUUCGACGUCCGCCACCUUCUCCGAGGAGGGGGCCGUGGGUUACAGCACCGACUCGGAGGCCGCCACCGUGGAGGCCGAGGAAGGCGCCGUCGGCGGUUACCAGCCCGGGUACAGCAAGCUGUGCCGCAUGAGCUACCAGGACCCCUCCCAGUUCCACGGUCUCCCUCAGCUCGGCGGCGUCGGCCACAAUCACACGUACAACCUGCCGCUCUCCUCUGCGUUCGCCGAGCAGCCGGAGCUCCCCGUUUCCGUCGGGAAGAAGAGCGUCCGCGACAAACACUCGAAGCUCCAGCCCGCUCAGGAUCUGCUCGACAAGCACGCGAGUCGCGACGAACGCCGAGCGCGCUCCAUGAAAAUCCCCUUCGCCAACGAGAAGAUCAUCAACCUGCCCGUGGAGGAGUUCAACGAGCUGCUGGCCAAGCACCACCUGAGCGAAGGCCAGCUGGCACUCGUCCGCGACAUCCGCCGGCGCGGCAAGAACAAGAUGGCGGCGCAGAACUGCCGCAAGCGCAAGCUGGACACCAUCAUCAACCUGGAGCAGGGCGUCCAGGACCUGAGGCGCGACAAGACCCGCCUGCUGAAGGAGAAGAUGGAGUUCAUCCGCUCCAUCCGGCAGAUGAAGCAGAAGAUGCAAAGCCUGUACCAGGAGGUGUUCACUCAGCUGCGGGACGAGGAGGGCCGGCCCUACCCCCCCAGCGAGUACUCGCUCCAGUACAGCGCCGACGGCAGCGUGCUCAUCAUGCCGCGCGGCGUGACGACCGCCGAGCAGAGCCGGAAGCCCGAGAAAAAACAAAAGGACAAAAAGAAGUGAGGGGGGUGGCGGGCGGGGGGGAAAACUGCUGUUUAUUCUAUCACUUUGCUAUAAGAAAAGAUGUCUGCAGAUGAGAGAGAGAGAGAGAGAGAGAGAGAAGUCCUUUUUUCCUUUAAGAAGAUUCUGGUGAGUAGAGAAUGGCUUGUUGACUACUCUUCCUGCAUUAGUUUCUGCAUUUUUAUUUUUUUUUCUCCCUGGAAACAACUUUGAGGCAGAAUUAGCUCCUCGUCUGAGUCCUGAUAUUUCAUUAUUUAGACGGGGGCGGGGGAACGAUAAGCGAGGGGACGACAAAGGACAUAAAAUGAGCUAUUAGAGAGCGAGAGAGAGAGAGAGGAAAUGUGUCGCUCUUGAUCCUUUUGCACCGGAAAAAAAAAAAAAAAGCCGCCGAGGACGGAGAGGAGUGAACACUGUCGCCGAGGACGGUCGGAGUACCUAUGCACCGGAGGUUUUAAAGGACGCGUCACACCCUGGAGACCUUUUUUUAUUUAUUUUUAUUUUUUUUGUGAUUUUUCAUUUGUCACUUUUUUUAAGUUGACGGGUUCUCUUUUUUUUUCUGCAAAGAAAACGGUUUGCGAGAGUUCAGAUUUUACCAAAGGCUAAAAGGAAGUUUUUGUUGUUGUUGUUGUUUUUUUAGGAUGCCAUUAAUAACACCUUUUUACUAACCAAAAGGUCGUGCGGUGCGAUUGAUCAUCUUGCACGCUCGGACUCCAAUUCUGCCGCAAAGAAAUCCCAGUUUUUUUUGUUGUUGUUUUUUUUUUUUUGGAGGCGGGGCCUGUUUGACGGCGUCUGAGCUGAGAGAGAGAAAAGAGCCCCGGAGUGAUUGACGGGUGGAACGAGGAUGUUUUCGUGUGUUGCCGGGCUGGUCGCUGCUAUUAAAAAAAAAAAA